AUGGCGAACGCAUCCAAUUGUCGGUCGUCGUUUUUCCCCUUUAAGUGUUUGCCAUGGAUUAAAUUCACCUUCUUGUCCCAUAUUGUAGGGGCAUUGGGGCAUUCCAUCACCGCAAACUACUCCCCGUUAACUAACGCCGCAGUGCUGAAUCCUCUUUUGCGUUCUGCGCAAUACUCUUUCCUCCACUGCAUUCCUCCUGCAGAUGAACCUCAGCUUCUGCAUCAACAGGAUUCGGAGGCUUCCGUUGCAGUUGGAUGUGGGAAUAACGUGCCCUCUGUCGCGUUUCUCAUGAACAAUGCUCGCCGUCUCCGUGUUGAACCCCACCUGACUGUUGAGCGUCAUCUAAGGGCGACACUGACAUCUCCUGCAUCUGGAGCCAUCAUAUGCAAACGGAGCUUUUGCGGCAGUGUUUCCGCUUUCUCACCCCCACGGGACAAGGGUUUUGCCGACGCGGAAUACCUCUGCGGCGGUUUGCCUCGCGGCGGUUUUGCGAGCCGCUUGAUGAUGCCCGGCAGUGUACAUAUGGAAUUUGGUUACGGGACGGAUCCCGAUGACGAGGGCCUUUCUCUCGAUGCAGAGGAUGCAUGUGUCGGGGAGUUGACAUCCAACACCGCUUCAGAGCCCCAACACAGUUCAGCGCCACUGGAUAUAGAAGGCAGGAGCGAGUCGCCUAGUGUCUCAGAGGCUCGCACUAGCAGGAGCAUUGCAGCUACGCUUUCUGGACAGAUUCUCGAGAAAGCCCGUCUGGUUCAGGCUACGUCUUCUGGCUUGUUUUGCAUUUUACCGUUGGGAUUUCGUGUGCUGAAGAAGAUUGAGACUGUAUGCCACCAAGAACUUGCAGGGACUGCCUCACCUCUAUCUCUUCCUAACAUCAUGCCGAUGCAGUGGUUGGAGAAUUCAGAGCGGAUACGCUCGUUUGGGCAGUCUCUCUACAAGGUGCAAGAUCGUCGGAGCCGGCAGUUUUUCUUGCCCCCAACUUCGGAGGAAGCAGCUGCGUGGCUAGCGGCAAGUGGCGUCCGAAGUCAUAGGGAGCUGCCGCAGGUUUUCUACCAGAUAGGUCCGAAAUUCCGAGAUGAAGCCCGCCCACGGGCGGGUUGCCUCCGCUCUCGUGAAUUUAUCAUGCUAGAAGCAUAUUCUUUUCACCAAGAUGCAGUAUGCAGAGAGAGUUCAUACCGGAAGAUGGACGAAUGUUUCCGGCGGAUACUUACACGGGUCGGGGCAGGGCCAGUUUACAGAUUCCAGGCCGACCCCGGUACAAUGGGGGGCCCUUGCAGCCACGAAUAUCAUGUGAGCAGCAUUCUCGGAAGUGAUCGGAUAGUAUCGGGAGUAGGACCGCUGAAUGAAAGCAAAAAAGAUGCUUCCGCAGAAGAUAUGGAAUACCACCAAAAUAGCUCGACUUUGGAGCCUGCCGCACGCUGGAAUGAUGGCCGGCGUGUGGCCCGUCUAGGGCAGGCAGUGUUCCGAUUGCUGCAGAAGACUGCAGCAGAAGCAGGGGGACCUGCGGAUAUUUUAUUCGACGAUCGACAAGGCCUCACGCUUCGCCAAAUGCAGUCGCAUGCGGAUCUCGUGGGGAUCCCCCAUCAGCUGAUCAUCAAAGACGACCUCUUGAGAACACCCGGCAACGCUCGCGUGCUUUGUAUCUCACGCAAAACGGGGAGGGGGGAUAUCUUGCCGAUUAGGGCGGCCCUGAACCGGCUGAGAAUCGCCUUUUACAGUGCGGCGGUGCCCUUCAAAGAGUGA